UUUGAUUUGUUUAACUGCAAAGUGAUCGACACAGAGUAAAACGGAGACACCCGAAGAGAAGAACGACUCUAUUGUCUGACUGGAAGGCUUUAGUAGCUGAUAUCACACCCACGCUGUUCGGCUCCUAACCACUGUCUGAACCUGCCUCACAGGGGUAAACUCCGUUCACGUUCAUCUUAAGUAAUAGGCUACAACUGAAUCCUACAUACCGAUGGCAAGUAAAUGCUGGCUGGCUCCCCUGAUGCUGCUCUUGAUAACCUGGAGGGAGAGCAUGCAUUGCAAUGGACUUACAGUGGAUCCUCCUGAGAACCUUGAGAUCAUUGAUCUUGGCCAUCUUGGCCACGUUGAGAUUGCAUGGAGCCCCCCAGCCAGCCUGAUUAAUAUGACAGAGUGCUCAGAACUGUACCAGCUGGAGUACUUCAACACAUACAAGGACAGCUGGACUGGCAUCAGGACACCUAUGAGGACACAAACUGCCCAGUUUGAUCUUAUGAAGGAUGUGAGAGUGAGGGUGUACACCUUGCUGAGUGGACCCUGCACCAACGGCACUCUGAUCAAGAGUACGAGCUACACUGAACUGGUCCAGAAACCUCCCAGCACUGGUGUUGAGGAUACUGCAGUCCAGGAUUUAAUCUGCGUGUACCAUAACAUGAAGUACGUGGAGUGCAACUGGAGAAAAAGCUCAAAGGCGCCGGCCAACUCACAGCAACAUCUAUACUUCUGGCACAAAAAGCUGGAAAAGGCAGAGGAAUGUUCGAAAUACCUGAUUUCAAGCGGAACCAGGAUUGGCUGCAAUUUCAGUGAGAAAUCCCUCCCUGAGUUCACAGAUAUCAACUUCUGUGUAAAUGGCUCAUCUCCUGAGGGGCCCCUGAAACCAACAUUCACCACCCUGCAAAUCCAAAACCAUGUAAAGCCUGACGCUCCAGAGAAGCUUCAGCUAAAAACAGGCCUGGAUGCACAGCUGGAGCUCCACUGGGACAGUCCUGCUGGGAAGAUUCCUGAACACUGCCUGGAAUGGGAGGUGGACCACAAGCAACAGGAACCUGAUGGGAAAAUGACUUCGCAGCAGAAGAUUUCUACCAAACAGAAGACUGUAACUCUGCCAUCCAGCCUCAACAAUGAGAGAAACUGCUACAGGGUUCGGGCCACGUUGAAUAAGUACUGUGCAGAAAAGAGCUUAUGGAGCGAGUGGAGUCAUCUGUCAUGCUACCCAGAAAAGACAGAUGUGGCAGCUGAACCAGAAUGGGAGAUGGUUCCUGUCUAUGUAUAUAUCGCUGUUGCCAUCAUCACCAUACUGGUGUUGUUGCUGUGUGUUGGUGCUGGACUCAAAGUGAGAAGAUCGAGACAAGAGAAGAAGCCAGACUCUCUGCUCACCACACUGUUCGGCAGAAGUUCAGUUCUCACAGAGGCGGAGGCCUAAAACAAUCAUUCUACCUUUCGCAUUUUUCAGGGUCUCUGGUUGAAAAUCAGACACUGAAGCCCUUUAAGCCAACUGUUAUCACCUGAGAUUGUUACCACAGCUGACUGAAGAUAUAACAUUUUAGGCCAAAGGUUACAGUGGAUUUUUUACCAAAAAAUAUGUAGAAACAGUAUUAUAUUAAUCCAACAUACUGUCAAAGACUCGCCCUUUUAUUGCCAUUUUUAUACAAAUGCUUGAAUUUACAUGAACUAUUCAGGUCACUGGAAUGUUGUUUUAUGGUGUUUUUAUUUUUUUGAUUGGUUAUUUACUUUCUCGUCCAACAAUUGCCAACUGAUUCAUUAAGCCCAGAUGACUUGAAAGAUGUUGAUCUCAUGUUUUCUCUGGGAAUAUGUUUUCUGAUGUUUUACUAUUUGCCAGAUGCCUUGCCAGCUGAUUUAGUCAGUGCUGAAUCACUUUGUGAUUUUUGAUGUUUUAUGUGUUUCUGUUGAAUUGUUUACUUUCUGCCUCACUCUUGCCAGUUAGUUCAGACUAUAAAGAUUUUGUUUGUACUGCCAAAUUUGUGAAAAGGUUUUGUGUUUCAUUGCAACAACAAAAAACAAGCCACAUAUCACCUGUAUAAUUUAUAAUUAAACGGAUGGGGUUUUUCUCCUCUAAAAACAUGGAGAAGUUUAAAUCAUACCUUAACAUGACAUACAUGCCUUGAUUAUAUAAAAAUAUAUACAUCACAUGUACCGCAGCCUCCCUUUGACUUUUGUACAUUACUUUGUAUUGAAUGGUUGUUCACAUGUUGUCAUUAGUU